UAGUCACUCUACAGGACAAGAUGGCCGCGCGCAUCGUGCGCACGAGUGUUUGUAGCUGCGUUCGCCUUCAAGCGACCCUCGCGGGCUCGGCUAGUUCCCGCUGUAUUGCGACGUCGCGGGCUCUCUCGGUCCGAGGAACGAAGCUGAGCGUCGAGCGAGCCGACGAACGUUGCGGCGCCGUCGAUGAGGACUUUUACGGCAUAUCGGGCGACGACGGCGUCGUUACGGUGGACAACCCGCUAGGUGACCGUCACGAAAGACUUCGCCGCUUCUCGCAUCUGACUCGAAGCCGCGAUGCGAAAGUCUCGGACGAAACCGUCGUGGCUGCUGACUUCGGCACAAUCCGCUACGACCGCGACAACAAGGCCCGGUACCACGGGCAGUUCGAAGACGACACGCCGUUGGACGACUUCAUCUUGGAUACCUACGGCGGGAAAGGUUCCAAGCCCGGUCGUAAGGCGGUGGGCCAUCCGGAUGAGAGUUCGGACCAAUCGGAGCGACAGGACGCGCGCGACAGAAGCGUUUCGGUGAGGAAGGGAGCAAGAAAGGAAAAGAGAUCACGUGUCAGCGCCGAUGGCGCGACACCGGUUCCCACUGACGUCCAGGACGCUGCGGCGAAGUCGUCGCAAGAAGUCGCGCGUACCCUUGCUUCUCGAUCUUUGCCCGUCUACGAUCGGCAGUUGUCCAAGGGACGCCCGUCGGCACCUGUAGUCGAAAUGUCCAGUUUCGAAACCAAAGGAGCAGUUUCCGGAACGGAUUCCCUGAGAGCAGCACGAAGCAGCGAACAGAACAAUGUGCUUGGUAGUGACCGCCUGCAAAGCAUAGGCAGAUUUUCGCCUGCCGAAGCAACUGUAGAGCGAAGACGGAAGAGCGCAGAACACGUUAAGGAGUGGGAAGGCAAGGAACCAAGCAAAAGUGUCGUUUCGUCGCCACUUACAAACUCUUCGGAAAGUUUUGUAACUUCUGCGAGAACUGCUAAGGAAGGCGAGGACGAUUUCGAAAGUUCAGUGUCUGAAACCAGAAUGAGAGAACCAAAAAAGCAGAGGUCAAACGAUAGGCACGAAAGUGAUGACACAAGAAAGGCCGAACGCUCCUUUCUAAAAGAGCCAACACCGACAGCGGCCACUGAGUUUGAACUCGACCAGACACCGUCUUCCACCAUCCGAGAAAGUUCCGAUUGCUCCCAGGACCGAAGCAAAACCAGAGUCAAGAAAGCAAGACCGAGUGACGAAACGACUGCAGACGACUCUUCCAGUGUCCCGGACCAAGGCAAUCCGACCGCCUUCGAGUACAUCCGCAAGCCGCAGCAGUUCGGCCUCAAGCUCGACAGCAAGGGCUUCUUCAUCCUCAAGUCGGAGGUCAGGCCUAACCUGGCCAUCAUGCUCCGCUCCGAAGUGAUAGACAUGUUGAGGCAGCGCGUUCUCUACGAUGGCAAUGACGUACUCAUCCUGGACAAGCCGUACGGCAUGAUCUGCCACGGAUCCGCGAAGGGCGUCCCCGACUCCCACGUGCUAGUUCGCCUGCUACCUGACCUCUCCUCUGCUCUGUACCCCCGGGAGGAGGUCAAGCUGUACACUGUGCACCGUCUGGACCGCGAUGUGACAGGCGCCAUCGUGCUGGCCAAGACGCAGCGGACGGCGGACGCGUUGCAGACGCUGUUCGAGGAGCACAAGAUCUCGAAGACGUACCACGCUAUCACGUUCGGGGUGCCCGACAACGACCGUGCGACGAUCGACAUGCCUCUCGCGGAAGGUGCAGUCGGCUCAGCCAAGCGGAUGGUCAUCUGCCCAAAACUGGAGCCGGAGUUUGAGCGGCUCGUGCCGAGGUUCUCCAAGACGUACGAGGCGGUCACGCACUACCGCGUGCUGAGCUCCCAUGGCAGGGCCGCCUACCUAGAGUUGAAACCAGUGACUGGCGUCAAACACCAGAUUAGGGUCCACCUGGGGUUCGGGCUCCGCUGUCCCAUCCUGGGGGACCACAAGUAUUCACACUUGAGGGAGCUUGCUCCGCAGAGGCUCUCUGGAGACCUGUUGACCAGGCUCAAUGUCAGGCAGACCAAAGUGAGGCACAUCCCCAUGCACCUCCACGCCAGCUCGGUCCUGAUCCCCGAGAUCUUGGAUGGCAGGAAUCUGUUGGUCACAGCGCAACUUCCGUACCACUUUUUGCAGAACUUGAAACGACUUAAGCUCCAGAGGCAUUGAUUAGCCAGAAGCAACCACUGUUUCUUGUACAUACAUUUAACUACUUAGAGUGCAUGUCUGUAGAUGCACGUUAGUAAUAAAUG